UUCGACGUUCUUAGUAGCCAGGCCUCUUUAUUCAACAUGGCUGACUUUUCGUGAUCUUUGUGUUUGGUAAAUUGAAGAUAAAAACAGUGCUAUYUUCACGUGAAAAUGCCAAGAAAGAAACGUGGACCUAAGCCAAAAUCUGACACUGAAAAGGCAAACGAAAGCACAGAUCAGAGUUCCCCUGCUGARGAAGUGCCACCUAGCAAUGAAACUCCUGUCAAACUUGAUCCAAGUAAAKUGCCAUUUCCUAUGAAAAGACCCAGAGGUCGUCCAAGUAAGAAAUGGCAGGAGCAAUUAGCAUUGGCCAUAGCUGAAGGAAGAGCUGUCCCAAUAGAACCAAAAACUAAGAAAAAAAGAGGUGAGAAAGGAGAAAAGAAAGAAAAGGGCCCCAAGAAAGACAAAAAAGAAAACAAAACACCCAAAACUACAAAGACACCCAAAAAAGAAAAAAAGGAGAAAGAAGACCUUCCUGAGGUUAAGCCUGAAUCAGCACAACAACCCAGCGAUGAACCAGACAAGGAGCCAGCUCCUGAACCUGAAGUUGUYGUCAAAAAACCUCAAAAGAGUCCUACACUGAUWUAUUUAGAGAAUCUAAAGGCAUUUUUAGAUAAACUAUACGAGUUCCAAUGGCCUCAAGAUGUUAAUGGAGAGUUCUAUUUAUUAGAGAGCCAGUUAAGUGAUUUUCUUGGCAUUCCUUCAUUGUACACCAAACAUACAGAUGUUGUUUUUCAUGAGUUAUCUGAUGAAGCUAAAGAAUUUCUAAAAGAAAAAAAAAUUAUAUCUGAAGUCCAGCAAGCAAAGUGCCAGUGGUCCAUUUURACUGACGAUGCCACUCAACUCAUACUGGAUCAUUAUCCCACUAAAUAUCAGGAUUAUCUUCAAAUAGCCCACAAGAGAGAAAAAUACACUUUAUUAAAGAAGGUAGAAGAUGAAAAAACUGCCAAAGAAUCCAAAAAGAUACCUAACCCUCUAAAGAGAGCUUUGAAAGAUGCUGUAGAAUUCAAUGCUCAGUUAGCCCAGCAACGAAGAGAAGAAAGAUGCUCUUACUUUGACAUGCAAACACAGAUAAUCCAUGUUCCUGUUAACAARACAUCAGCACUCCCAAGUCAUAUGACAGUUCCAAGCAAAUAUCCAGUUGCUUUGCUGCCAGGACAGUUCCAGGAGUUUUUCAAAAGCUACACCCCAUCACUGCUUCGAAGUUUUCCACUCGGUACUGUCCUKGACCAGUAUUUCCGCCAACAAGCUGCUGAUGCCAACAUUGACUUCUACAGAGAUUCAUUGGAUGGAUCAGAGUCUUCUUCAUCAUCAUCUUCGUCUGGUGAUAGUGAUAGUGAUGAGAGCAGCAGUAGUGGCGAAAACAGCAGUGAGGAGCAAAUGAGUGUUGAUGAGGAUGAGCCUGUCAGUGAACCAUCWAGCAAGAGGAAGUCCCAUGGCUAUAAGCCACCACAUAGGCCUGGGGCACUAUGUGGUAUAUGCUUAAAGGGUUCUGAGUGCAAUAAGAAGGGGUACCAAGAAGACUUGAUYCAUUGUUCACAGUGUGAGAAUAGUGGUCAUCCAUCUUGUCUUGACAUGAGUCUACAACUAGUCAAAGUUAUCAUCACUUAUCCAUGGCAGUGUAUGGAAUGCAAAACUUGUACUCAAUGUCGUGACCCUUUUGAUGAGGACAAGAUGUUAUUUUGCGAUGAAUGUGACCGUGGCUAUCACAGUUUUUGUGUUGGACUUAAACAGAUCCCAGUUGGCCGAUGGACUUGUGAGCUGUGUGGAGUCUGUGCUUCAUGCUUACGUCGCACUCCAGGAGAAGGCCCAAAUUCUAGAUGGAAAAGUGAGUACACCAAGCCACGUGACAAGUCAGAGCCACAGUUUUUGCAGACUUUGUGYUCACCUUGUUCAAGGUUGUUCAGAACUGGAAACUUUUGUCCAGUAUGCCUGAAGGUUUAUAGGAAUGAUGAGUCAGAUCUACCAAUGGUUUGUUGUGAUGAGUGUGAUAGAUGGGUUCAUACUGAUUGUGAUGCUAUUGACGACAAGUCUUAUGAAGAACUAUCGAAAGAAAAGACAAAAUACAGAUGUAUUCUGUGUCGUGGUGAGAAGGAAGAGAGGAUGGAUUCUUUUGCAAGAAAGAAUAGGGGUCAUGAGUCUGCCCAAGAGUAGGACCAAAUGUAUUUUCUGCCUUCUAAUUUAUUUUCUCAAGUUGAAACGUCUGUACAUGUGUAUAACCUUGGACAUAAAUAAAUAAAUAAUAUUUGACAAAUC